UCAUUCCCUGGCGCUACCCGUUUCAUGUACUAAACAUGUCAAAUGUUAUUAUCUUGAUCUUAGUGUAUCUUCUCCAAAACGCGCACGGAAAAUGCCUCAACUCUAAUUCCGACAUUUACCAAGCUAUGAUAUCUACAACCGUCGAACCUUCUCUUGAAAACAUCACAUGGAAAGACAACUACUACAACAUUUCGACAGCCUUGUUCCCACUGCCAUCCCAUUGGUCCGAACGGUCCCAUGCUCUCUACAUAAGGGUUUGGGUUCAUUUUUUGAAUGCGUCCAAUACAGGCAUUGACUUUUCGAAAACUUUGAAAUUCACGUGGAGUGAAUCGUGUAUUUACGUCGUGAUUGAACCGGUUGCUACGACCAUUCUGUCACAUGGGACAAUCGUACUUCAACGAGCGACCGCUUCGCUUCAUAUAACGCUACCUCCAUUUUGCAGCAAAGUUAACGAAGACGCUGUCAAAGAAAGAAUGCUGAGUUUUAUAACCAAGCGUGAUGAUAGCGAUGAUACCAUGAUAGACAGCAUCGGGAAUCUUGGUGGAUUUCUCCAGUUCAGUGUGGUUGGUAACAUGCGGUUACACGGUAACAGAUGGACCAAUUGUGAUAUGCACCUCACGCGUUUGUAGCAUUGUAGGAUAACAAAAAUCUAUGGGGAUAUGUAUAAUACGAGUUAUGAUGGUAAUUCUAGUGACUAAAGCGUUUGAUAAUAUUGACCUGUAAACGAGGUUUUUUCAGCUAUCGCGCUGGUAUUAUCUUUGUACGCGAUUGCAAGGGUCGGUGGGACUAUCUUACGCGCGAGUGGUAUUUCUAUCCUUUAAUCACACAGAUCCGCGAUAUAAGCAUCUUAUGCGCUAAUAACUCUACUGCCUACCCGUUGACCACAUGGAUCCGCGAUAUGAGCAUCUUAUGC